AUGUCCACUCCAAGUGAAUAUAAACUCCCUCAAUAUACUGUCAAAGAUUACGCUUCAUUUGCUUUAGCUGGUGCUAUUGGUUGUGGUGCUACUCAUGGUGCCAUGACUCCAAUUGAUGUCGUCAAAACUAGAAUCCAAUUAGAACCAACCGUUUAUAACAAAGGUAUGUUGGGUUCUUUUAAACAAGUUGUUCAAACUGAAGGUGCUGGUGCUCUUUUAACUGGGUUGGGUCCAACUGUUUUGGGUUAUUCUUUACAAGGUGCUUUCAAAUUUGGUGGUUACGAAUUAUUCAAGAAAACUUUUAUUGAAUAUUUGGGUUAUGACACUGCUAAACAAUAUAAAGAUUCAAUUUAUAUUGGUUCAUCUGCUUUAGCUGAAUUUUUUGCUGAUAUUGCUUUAUGUCCAUUGGAAGCUACUAGAAUUAGAUUGGUUUCUCAACCAACUUUUGCCAAUGGAUUAAUUGGUGGAUUCUCAAGAAUUUUGAAAGAAGAAGGUGUUGGUUCAUUCUAUAAUGGAUUCACUCCAAUCUUAUUCAAACAAAUUCCAUAUAAUAUUGCUAAAUUCUUGGUUUUCGAAAGAGCUAAUGAAGCCAUUUAUAAUGCUAUUCCAACUCCAAAAGUCGAUUUAUCCAAUGCUGCUCAUACUGCUGUUAACUUGGGUGCCGGUAUCAUUGCUGGUUGUGCUGCUGCCAUUGUUUCUCAACCUGCUGAUACUUUAUUGUCUAAAGUCAACAAAACCAAGAAAGCUCCAGGUCAAUCCACUGUUGGUUUGUUGGUCCAAUUAGCUAAACAAUUGGGUGUCACUGGUUCAUUCGCCGGUUUACCAACAAGAUUGGUUAUGGUUGGUACUUUGACUUCCUUACAAUUCACCAUCUACGGUUCAUUGAAGAAAGCUUUGGACUGUCCACCAGCCGUUGCUUUGUAA